AUGGGAACAGAUGCUGUGGAUGAUGCUGCCACAAUGAAGCGCGUUCAUCGACUUGCGGUUCACCGGCACCAUCCCAUUCGACCCAACUCUACACCGAGCGACCCCAUCCGAUCCAAUUGCACACCACGUCAUCGUUCCAUCCCACUCCGUUCGUGCCGCACACGUGAAGGAGUGGAGAGAAGCAGUGUUUUGGCAGGGACGAAGAAGAAGAAGAAGAAGAAGAAGGUGCCCUUCAGUCGGAUGAAUAUUUAA